CAGUCCCGCCCCCCUGACACUGCCUCGAGCCGCCGCCGCGAGAGCAUCCUCCGCCCAGAGCCGCUCCCGCCGCCAGAGCCGCCCCCGUCGCCGCCGCCGCCGCCUCCGCCGAGGGAAGGGAAGCGUAUCGUAUGUCCGCUAUCCAGAACCUCCAGCCCUUCGACCCCUUUGCGGAUGCAAGUAAGGGUGAUGACCUGCUCCCGGCCGGCACUGAGGACUACAUCCAUAUAAGGAUCCAGCAGCGAAACGGCAGGAAGACCCUCACCACAGUCCAGGGCAUCGCGGAUGACUACGAUAAAAAGAAACUGGUGAAGGCCUUCAAGAAGAAAUUUGCCUGCAAUGGUACUGUAAUUGAGCACCCCGAGUAUGGAGAAGUGAUUCAGUUGCAGGGUGACCAGCGCAAGAACAUCUGCCAGUUCCUUGUGGAGAUUGGACUGGCUAAAGACGACCAGCUGAAAGUCCACGGGUUUUAAGUGCCUGUGGGCCACUGGGGCUUUAUGCAAGAAGAUAUCCUUACCAUGAAAUUCCCACCUGUCCCUUGUCAUAAGUUUAAAACCAGCCGGUUUGUGUAAUGUAACGAUCUUGGGUCCACUGUUGAGUCUGGACUGUUGUAAUUGGUGAUGUAAUAAACUGACACGAGCCCAUGCUA